GGGCGGGCGCGCGGCGCUGAUGCAAGAGCCGAGCACGGACUGACCCCCGCGGGCCCCGCAGGCCGACAGACCGACCGACAGACAGAGCGACCGACCCACCCACCCACCCCCGGCCUCCCGCACACCCCCCGGCCGCCGACAUGUCCGGCGACGAGAUGAUUUUUGACCCUACUAUGAGCAAGAAGAAGAAGAAAAAGAAGAAGCCCUUUAUGCUGGAUGAGGAAGGAGGAGGAGAUACACAAACAGAGGAGACUCAGCAAUCAGAAACAAAGGAAGUUGAACCAGAGCCAACAGAAGACAAAGACGUGGAAGCAGAUGAAGAAGACAGCAGGAAGAAAGAUACAACAGAUGACUUGGAUGACUUAAACUUCUUCAAUCAAAAGAAAAAGAAGAAAAAAACAAAAAAGAUAUUUGAUAUAGAUGAAGCAGAAGAAGGUGUAAAGGAAUUGAAAAUUGAAGGAGAUGUGCCAGAGGCAGUAGAACCUGAAGAUGACCUUGAUAUCAUGCUGGGCAAUAAAAAGAAGAAAAAGAAGAAUGUGAAGUUUCCAGAUGAAGAUGAGAUAAUGGAGAAGGAUGAAGCAUUUGAGGAUGAAGACAGCAAAAAAGAUGAUGGAAUUUCUUUUAGCCUUCAGUCAGGACCUGCGUGGGCAGGCUCGGAAAGGGACUACACAUAUGAUGAGCUGCUCAAUAGAGUUUUUAACAUCAUGCGGGAAAAAAACCCGGAUAUGGUGGCUGGAGAAAAACGGAAAUUUGUCAUGAAGCCUCCUCAGGUUGUGAGAGUAGGGACCAAGAAAACAUCUUUUGUCAACUUCACAGAUAUCUGCAAAUUAUUACAUCGUCAGCCCAAACAUCUCCUGGCAUUUUUGUUGGCAGAAUUGGGUACAAGUGGCUCAAUAGAUGGUAACAACCAGCUUGUAAUCAAAGGAAGAUUCCAGCAAAAACAGAUAGAAAAUGUCUUGAGAAGAUAUAUCAAGGAGUAUGUCACCUGCCACACGUGUCGCUCCCCGGACACCAUCCUGCAGAAGGACACCAGGUUAUACUUCCUGCAGUGCGAGACCUGCCACUCCCGCUGCUCCGUCGCCAGCAUCAAAACAGGCUUCCAGGCUGUCACAGGCAAGAGAGCCCAGCUCCGUGCCAAAGCUAAUUAGUCUGCUAAUCACCACUGGAUUGUGCACAGUGUUCUGGGGAGGUGGCACUGGACAGGUUUCCAGGAGCGGAUUGACCGUUGCGUUAAAACGAGAUUGUAAAAACCGCGAGAAAUUUGGCUUUUGGUUGGUUGGGCUGUGAAACCCUUGCAAGAUGCAGAUCCUCAAGCUGUUCACAUACAUUUGCUCAUUGAAUAUAUUUUACCAACUGUAAGGAACGUGAUGGGAAAGGAGGUGCUUUUUAAUCCGUUCAGACUUGUGUAAAAGACGAGAUAAAUUAAAGAUCCUAUAACAGUGAGUGUCUUGGAUUUGGAUUCUUCCUUCAGUUUCCUCUCUCAGCGCUGGUGGGAACGGUUGGUGUGUUGUUCUGCAGAUCAUGUCACUGAACUGUGUCCAAGACCCAGAAUGAAGAUUAAGGUAGAGGUUAUUUUGCUUUUCCCUAACAAGCUGAUUUUUAGUUAGGCUGUCAUUAAACAGAGAAACCAGUCCCAGAGUCACAGGGCUGUGCCAGUGUGAGACCUGCUUGUGCUUUUACACCCUUGGGUGCACAGACAGGGACAGCAGGACUUGUUGGUACUGCUGCCUUAGGCAAAAAGUAGCUCUGAGAGACUUCAGACACCAGAAUGAUGCUGAAUCUUAACACAGAAUCAGUAAACUGUACUGUAAGUUUUCAUAGUGUCAUAGUACUAAAGUUUGCAAUUUCUAAUAGAGAAAUGUUUAUAUUUCUGAAGUCCUGCACUCUUCAUCACUUUAAAAUGAAUCUAAAUGCAUCAAAAAAAAAAAAGUAGGUCUAAAUGUCAUUGUGUGCUGGCUGCGACCCAGUCUUCUAUAAAUCUUGAAUUUACAGAAGAUGCUGCCAAGUAGUUUGAGUUCCAAAUUAACACAUUUUGCUUUGGGAUCAUCCUGAGCACUUCCCUCUGCUCACAGUCUGUCAGGAAUCUCGAGGGGACACACUCAGUGCUGUCCCUGCUGGUCUUCCCAGUCAAGCACAAAGAUGCUCAGGGGGAGUGAAGUCCCUCCUGGGGACCUUAAGGGGGAUCAGUUGUCACUUGAUUGCCAAAGUGCCCCAGGGUGAGGGGAAGGUGUCACAGCACCCACCCCUGCAGGUGAGCACAGCAGCCUCCUCCCCAGGGCAAGUGCUCAUUCUGGAUGCAAUUCCUCCAAAAUCAGGAACUUGAAAGGUUUGUACUAAGUUGUAACCUUUGUUAAUACAGAGCACAGCCUUGCUGGGAAGUCACUCGCUGUUUGCAAACUUGACAGCACUGUAAGGCAAGAAUCAAGGUUUUAUGGUUGGUUUCUUUAAAAACAUUUUGAAUUUCAAGUGAGCUAUAACAAUGUUGGAUGUAUCUUAAAGUGAAUAAAGCCAGGAUCAGUGCCUCUUGUAACA